AUGCCAGCCGACAGUCUCCUUGACAUGGCCCGCCGGGUUGCCGGUCGCAAUGUCCACAAGAUCACCGACAUUGGGGACGUUUCCUACAACAUCAUCCGCCCGGUGCUCUUGAAAAUCGAAAGUCCCGAGCAGCUGUACCAACUUGAGCUCAACUCGCCGCAGCUGGUUGGCAACACCAGCGAACUGUGGCUCAACUUUAUGAAGCGAGACAUCCCAGACUACGAGCUCAAGCCACAUAUUCCCACCAACCCCAUGAGUUGGUAUAAAGUGUACAAGAAACUCAAGAAAGAGGCGUCAAAAGCUGCUUCCGACGCCGAAGCCGUCCUCAAAGCCACACUCUCAGGGAUCAAGUCCAUGAAGGAAGAGAACACCGCAGAGGUAGUCAGCACCGAGAGGGGCAACGCACUAUACUCCAGCGCCAACGCCCCAGGUCCGUCCAGGAGAGGCAGGAUCAUGUACAACUACAUGUCCGGCCGAACUGGCUCCAAAGGCGCAAACAAGAUGACGCUGAUGGAAAAGAUCCGCAAGGAAGCAAAGAGCGCCAAGACCGGGGUCAUGGGUCGGCCCAUGCACGAGCUUCAGAAGAAGCACAACGGCGUCGUCAGUGCGCCAGCGCAGUUCGUCGAGGACGUCAAGCGCAUGAAAGUAUUACAACAAGUCGAGGCGAGGAAAACCCUCACUCCCCCUCCCAAGAGACCCUUAUCGACUACCGCCAUGGGCGUGGGCGUGGGCGCCUCCACCAGAACCUCCGCGCCUCCGAUGCACGCGCCAGGAAGUCGCCCAGCAAAGCCGAGACCUCACCCCGCCGCCGCCAAUGGUCUCGAACCAUACGACCUGACCAGCGACCGGGAAGCACGACUCCGAGCUCUGAAAGCGGGAAAGCCAAUCCCUCCCAAACCCACGGUUCCAGACUCGGCGCUUCCACCACCUCCAACAUUACUUGCUCCGAGACUGCAAUCUACCAGUGACGCGAACGGUAGCUUAACUCUCGACUUCCUCGAGUCAGAUUCCGACCAUGAACCCGCCCAAGACAACCACAAGCCCGGCAAGACACGGCAGCGAGAAGCAGACGACGCGCUCUUCGGCCGCAGCACUACUCCCAGCGUCAAACGCAAGCGUGAUGCCGAGGACGACUCUGGCCUCCCGAGAAAAGUCCUCCGACCGGUCAGCGACGACGAUGUCUCGCCGCCUUCGCAGAAAGUCUCCCGACAUCGCAGCAGUGGUGAUGAGGUCAGCCCGUCUCGUAACCUGCUCAAACCGACCAAUCCGGAUGCGGACCUCCUGGCCCGGUCUCGGAGUCCGUUGAAGUUGUCGCCGGCGUCAUCUCCGAGGAUGCAACCGGUCAAGAAGCGUCAAGCGCCCAGCUUGUUCAUGAAGAAGAAGUAG